AUGUUUGACCUAAAAGAUGGAUGGAAUAUCUCUUUUGCCGGUUGCGGGUUUUUGGGUAUCUAUCACAUCGGUGUUGCCAGUUGUCUAUUGGAACAAGCACCCUACCUUGUUAAAGGAGCCUCAAAAAUCUACGGGGCUUCAGCUGGUGCGCUCACAGCGUCGGUGCUGGCCAGUGGUGCGUCCAUAGACAAGUGCUGUGAAGAUGUGAUAGGGAUGGCCAAGGAGGCCCGAAAGAGGAAUCUGGGCCCGCUGCACCCGAGUUUCAACCUGGUGAAGGUCCUGCGGGCGGGGCUGAACCGGGACCUGCCGAGCGACGCCCACGUCGUGGCCAGUGGGCGUCUCUGCGUGUCGCUGACACGCGUGUGCGACGGGGAGAACGUGCUGGUGUCCGAGUUCAGCUCCAAGGAGGAGCUCAUCCAGGCUCUGGUCUGCAGCUGCUUCAUCCCCAUCUACUGCGGUCUGAUCCCCCCCUCUUUCCAAGGAGUGCGCUACGUGGAUGGCGGCAUCAGCAACAACCUGCCGCAGUCCGAGCUGAGGAACACCAUCACCAUCUCGCCCUUCUCGGGCGAGAGCGACAUCUGCCCGCGGGACAGCUCCUCCAGCUUCCACGAGGUGCGCUUCACCAACACCAGCAUCCAGAUGAACCUGGGGAACAUGUACCGCCUCAGCAGGGCACUUUUUCCCCCUGAGCCUAAGGUGUUGGCAGAGAUGUGUCAGAAUGGCUACAAGGAUGCUCUUCGCUUCCUCAGAGAGAACAACCUCCUGAAGCUAGAAUGUCCGUCUGCGGGCCCCCCUGUGGGGGACGCCAUGCACCCCGCUCCCGCCUGCUGCUGCUCCGGAAUGAGUAGCUGCCAGGAGCCCGUCGUCACGGAGACCACCAAGGAGUGGGUGCUGCGGAGGCUCCGCCUCCUGCGGAAGCAGCACUCGUGGUUGGACGAGAAGAUUGUGGACAACCUGCCGCCCCCACUCAAAAAAGUGUUCUGCAAAGCAUGCAGGGAGAAGCACGGGCUGUAUAACCAGGUGACAGACCUGCUCCCUGUGCGCAUGGCCUCCUACAUGCUGCUCCCCUACACCCUCCCUGUGGAGUCAGCCUACUCCGUCGCUCAGAGGCUGGUGGAGUGGAUUCCGGACGUGACUGAAGACGUGCGGUGGCUCUGUGGCAUGGCGGGCACUGUGUAUAAGCAGGCAUGGAAAGGAACAGGCCCAGAUCCAGCCAGUGAGGCAUCUCUGCGGAAGUGCCUGAGUGUACCCCCAACGUUGGAUCUGUCGGGGCCCCACAUGGAACAGAACCCAUACCAGCCGCUCUCUUCUGUGGACCUCCCUACCUGUUACUGGGACUUCGCCAGCUCCCCGCCCCUGCCCCCCACCCCCAGUCCCUCCAUCAGCCCCAGGACCCCCAGCCACGCCCCCAGGCAGAUCUGCUUCUUCGUUGGCUCGGAAGACGAGUUUGACCCCCACAGCCCCGAAUACACAGACUUUUCACCAAAGACCCACAGCUGGUUUCAUGGCUGCCACCUAUGACCAGCUGUGACCUUGUGACCUUUUGACCAUGUGACCCCUCUCUGUAUUGUUACACUAAAUGUAUGGUUAUGACUGCUGUGUGACCUCAUUUUAGGAGCUGGAACCAUAGGCAAGAUAUUGAUAUGGAUGGAUCAAAUUACGGUUAUGACACCCCACCAGUCACAGCAGGCGCAGGCAAAAACACUUAAUUCAAUGGACAGAGGUGCUGGGACUCACUCAAACCAAAGAUUUAUGUGUCUCUUGUAAAUAUACUUUGACCUCACUUUUUCUGUCUGACUUGAU